AUGCCGAAACCUCGGCUUGUUGUGUCGUUGUCAAGUUGCAACUCAGAACAGAAGAAGACAGGUUUUGGCGGAGUUGGUGAUAAGAUGUCCACCGCUACAAAACUUUUUUUUAGUGAAGAGCGACAGCCUUGCGCUGCGAAACGGGAAGCCACAACCAACCACGGCGCAGAAUCGGCUCACACGCGCAGCUCCCAUGUUUGGGCAAUCCUCAUCAACAACCAUACGACAUCACCUCAACCACCAACCUCUGUCCACGCCAUGGCUUCGACAAUACCAUCCAUAGCCUGUCUCGGCGUCAUCGGCCGCAAUGACAAUCCCCUCCACAUCUCCAUCUUCCCUUCUUACGACGCAGCCACCAACAGUUUGUUGCCGGUCCGUACGCCUCUUCAGUUCUCGCUGAUUCUCUGCGGCACGCUCGACAUCUUUGCCCAACGGCCGUCCGGCACCGCUAGUGGUUCCGUGGCCUCAGGUGCGGCCGCCAGUGGAGCCAGCCUGAGCGCCGGAAGUGACGCCGCUGGCCUCCUGCUGCUGCACGCCCUCGACGACCGCUUGGCCGUGUACGGCUACGAGACCAACACGGGCGUCAAGCUCGUGGCCGUCGUGGACAUGCGUGGAAGGCGUGGUGGCAGCGCCGUGAGUGGUGCACAGGGCAGCGGCGGUGCUGGUGGUGGCUCCGUGUCCUCGGGCAGCCGUGGUGCUCUGGGUGGCAGCGUUGUCGGUCUGCGCGAGUCCGAGCUCAAGCCCGUCUUCAAGGCAAUGCAAUCAGCCUAUGUGCGGCUGCUGCAGAAUCCCUUCUACGACCCGGACGAACACUCGCCCCCGACCGGCCGCGGCGGCAAGAAGAUUGUCAGCCGGCGGUUUACCGAAGACUUGCAGCGCAUCGGCGAGGCCUGGAUGCCGGGCGCCACGAACCUGUAA